AUGAGCGCUGAUGAAAUAAUUUCACCCUCCCAACAUUCUCAUCCUUCGGGUUUCAUACCACCCCCUCCACUCCCAAUUCAAGCAGUAACGGUUUCUUCUAGAAGUUUUUCUGUGAAGAGUCUACAGGACUUUCUCAAAACGGAGGGAAAAGAAAUUGAAGAAGAAACGCAUCGAGAUGUGGAAGCUUUAACCGAGCUAAAGAAAAAGUUGGUUCUUGAGGCUAAACAAAAUUGGGUGAUUGAACAACAAGUCGAAAUUCUCGGGAAUAAGAUUAGACUUUUAAUUAAGAACCAUGUACAAGCGGAGGACAUGAAAAAUCUCUUGGACUCAUCCUUUGAAAAGGUAAAGAUGAAAACCCGAGAGGAUACUCAAACAUUUAGGGACGAGGCCGUUCAAAUUUAUCAAAAGAUGUUUUAUAUAUUCCGAAAGGACCCAAAAUACCUCGCAGUUUUGACUCGUUUGGUGCGAGGAAAGGAAGUUGAUACAUUUCUACAGACUGUUGUUUUUACUUUAUUCGGAGAUCAAUUUGAUGAACGAGAAGAACAUUUACUUUUAAUUCUUUUUGAGAGAGUUCUCGCUAAAGAGUAUCAAACGUGUCCCUAUAUUGGCGAAUUUAUGAGAUCAAAUACUGCCUUUACGAAAAUGUUGGGAACCAUGCUCCGCAGAACCAUGUAUCACAAAUUUCUAGUGAAGGUCCUGAAAGAACCAAUAGAAACAGUCAUUAAUGAUAAGACGCUCAACUUGGAGAUUAACUCUCACAAGAUUUAUCAUCAUUUGUUGCAGAAAGCAAAACAAGAAGGAAAAUCAUGGGAUGGUCCCAUGAAUGCCACGGAAGAAGAGGCAGAGAAUGAUCCAAGAGUCAUCGAGGUCAUUAAGCCCCGAGUUCAGAAAAUUAUUGAUGCAGUAGAAUCGUUUUUGACCCGCAUAUUUGCAUCCGUGGAUGAAACUCCCUAUGGUGUUCGAUUCAUGUGUAAAAGAAUUCUUCAAUUUGGAAAAGAGACCUACAAGAAUGCAUCCGAGACAGAAAUUUAUUCACUGGUUGGAGGUUUAAUAUUUUUGAGAUGGGUGAAUCCAGCCAUUACAACUUGUGACAACAAUCAGACCAAUAUAAUUGAAGACAAGUUAACCACAAACCAAAGAAAGAGUCUCACCAUGAUUUGUAAAGUUAUUCAAAAUCUAAGUAAUGGUGUUCCUUUUGGAGCAAAGGAAAAGUACAUGAUACCUCUCAAUGUAAUUAUAGAAAAAUAUACAGCUCAAAUGCAUCAAUAUAUGAAGAAGUUAUGCGAAAUUGACGAGAUUGCUGACAAAUUAGAAAUUGGAGAAAUUUUUGAACUAUCAGGAGAUGUUGGCUCGAUCAACAUUUCUCACAACGAAGUUGCAUUGAUUCAUCGUCUGUGCUAUGAAAAUAUUGAUACAUUAACCGCUCCAGUCUACAAUAGCUGUGGCGCUGGUAGUAAUGGUGGUAGUGCCAAUCAAGAAAAGAAAGCAGUUGCUUCUGUUGGUGCAAACAGUUCUUCAGCUAGCUCCUCCGAUGCAUCCAACUCCACUCGCAUUAGCACGAGCGAGGGCCCUCCUCGGACUGAAUUCGAUGAGUUACUGUACAAGUUUUUGCAACAAUUGAAUAAGUUUGGUCCUCCUCCAGAUUUUCUUUCACCCAAGGCCAAUUACUACUUUAACCUGAAGCUUAAAAAUCCAUCACAAAUCAUUGAAAAAGAAGAAGGCCUAGUACCAAGCACUGUCAAGAAGCAAGUGAAAGAUUUACUGAGUACGAUUCUGAGAGAUCUUCCAUCACUGCCUCAAGAUGAAAUUCAAUAUACAAUCAAUGAUGUACUAGUAGCAGGAGAGACACUUUGUAAUGAACGGCAAAAUUGGGAAUUUGCAAAAAGGAUUAGGACAGCCUUAGAACAGCUUGACACUUUACAGCAACAAAUUACAGAUGAAGAACGAAAAGAAUUUGAUACCAUUCUAAUUCGAGAAAUAUAUGAGGAAUUGGACACUAAACGACUAAUGCGAAAAACCUUGAAGAAAAAGCUUCAAGUACUUACCUCUGUACUUGGUGAUGUGAACGAGAAAAGAGAAGCCCUCAAAAAUCAACUCAACAUGUACAAUACCUACUUUACAAACACUCUCUCAAAGACUUUCAAACCAAGUGACCCUUCAACAAGUGACGGUAGACAGGUUGGACCUUUUACCUUCAAAUUCAGUGAGCUUGAGAAGAAGGGAGUUAUUGCCAAUAGCACUCUAGCAUCGCCCAUCAAAAAGCUGGUCAAAAUUCAAAUUUCUUCUACCAAGCCAGGUAUAUUUGUGGUUGUGGUAAAUGCUACAGGUGCUGUGGCUAUUAAAUCAGAGCUUGAUCUUAAUGAGCUGCUUGAAAAACAAGCCAAUGAAGAUAACUUCCUUGACUUUGAUAGCGUCACCCUGAACAUUCCAAUGUUGAUUCAUUUGUUGAACAAGUUGUUCGUUUUGGGAGAUUCCAAACAAAAGGCAAAACUACGAAAACCAAGACCAAACUCCACACCUGCAUCACCUUCUUCGUCCACAUUGUCACCAUCCAAUAGUUUUGAAGCCGGUAGUUCAGUGGGUGACUCCAAAAGUAAAUAA